AUGCAUUCCUAUCGAUUUGUGCGCCUUCUUUUCUUCUCGGCGGGAUGUGUCUUGGCCACCCAGUUCCCUUUUCAGCCAGAGUCAAUCGGCUGGGAUUUGAAUUUCCUGCCAAAUAUAAAUGCUACAGGGCAUCUCGUAUUUGACACCGUUAACUCCUUCCUACAGCAUUGGCCUAACACGCGGUACCGUAAUGGUCACAGUCUAGUUCCUGGUAUCGUACCUGUUGGGACGCUCCUCUAUCAUGGCCGCGCCGAUUCCAACGUUCCGACCGAGCCACAGUGGGUAGCUACAGAUCCCGAGCAUUCAUACGUUUUUUGUCGUGGGAAUGCAACGAACGGAUGCUGGCAGUUGACCUUAGUAGCUACACGUCCACUCAAUGUCCUAUACUUUGAUGGAAGUGGGGCCGCGAAAUUGGUGGAUGGCCCUUUAGAGACUCAAGAUAUCGUAGCUUGGGGUCGCGUUGCUCCCGAAAACAUCAGGGAAGAGUAUAAACGGAUUGCAGAUCUUUGUACAUGGGGACAGAAGUUUGGCAUCGAUGGCUUUCUUAGGAUGGAAAUGGACUUCGAAAUUAUGCUCUGCGAUUUUACCGAUGGUGUCGAGGUGCUUUCGUUCCUUCAAUUGAGCGCCGAUAAUCCCCAGUUUCCACGGCCCCCACAUCGAGGCCCCCAGCAUUUCGAGGCUUCUCCUCAGCCAGGAAGGCGUCCAAUUUUCUCUCCGUCAGUGACUCUAAGUCACUUUGAGGUCCUUCAUGCAGGGUCAUGGCAUAAUCGAUAUCCCGGCGAAACACGCAUACAACUUGAUCUAGCACGUAUGGUAUCUUUCUAUGAUACAUCUAUCGCUCCGAGCUUGAUUUCUCGCCGCUUUGGACAAGAGAGGCUUCACCAUCACAUCGGAGGGGCCUCUCAAUCUGACAUUCGGAGGGCCCUGAAUAGAUUGGAAACAGCGGUGCAAACACCCCAUGGGGGGGGCAGCGGCGUUGAUUGGAAGACCCUGGUGCAAGUGAUAGUUGACCGCUAUCAAGAUAGAUUCGAAAUGGUGCAGUAUCUGCUUAACAUGACCUCGUCAGAGAACAAGAUGCAGAUGGCAAAGAAGGUACAAACCCAAUUGCGAGUUAUGUUGCAGCCGUACUUGCUUCACUCUGUCGCACCCUCGGCUCCGAAAGCGGCGUCGAGGAUCUAUUCCUGGGCGGUUCCGACAUACAAGCUCUGUGCGACGUCACAUACUCAGUACAUUGUUUCUUCCCCUGUUCUGACUUCUAAAUUGACCGAAUCAGAACAAUUAAUACUCGGUGCGGUGAUGGAAACCAAUCGCGAGAUAUGUCGCGUCAUAACACGGAUGUGGGCUGAGGGCGUUUUGAGCGGUUUUGAUGACAUGCUUCCGUAUUCUGUGGAUCAAGUCCAACAGGCGGAGAGUGUUCUCUCGGACUGGAAAAAACAACUUGACAUGUUGAUGGGAUGGCUGGAUUGGAGUGUUUGGGUGAAGUGUGAACCUGCUUGUGGGCCUGAGGUAUGCAACGUUGGUUAUCGAGACGGCGUUAAAAUUUUAAUAUCCGUGUUUAAGGAAUUUUGUUAUCUUCCGACAUGGCCAUUCUUUGGACGGACGUUUCCUGGCUUUCCUGGGGGUGGGGAAGGGCCAGAAUGGCGUAAAUCUCCCGGCAGGCACCAUAUCAUUGUGAUGGAAGAUGAAGGUAUAGAUGACGGAUGGGAACGACCGGAACCGAAAUGUCUUCGUCGAUUUGAGCCGUAUUCGUUCUAA